AUGUCAUCAGAACAAGCACGUCUUACACCAGGGGCGAUAGAUAACAAAAGAGAAGAUUCUAAAACACCUUUAGAAAACGAAAUGAUACACAAGCCUCAGCAUCAAAAAGAUUUUCAUAAAAUCAAGCCAGUUAUCCCACAAGGUGUAAUGGAAGGAGAACCUCAAAAGUUUACAAUUAUUCCACAUUCUGAAGGAGGACCUGCUGAAGGACAAAUUUUUGUAGAGGAAGAUCCAUAUAUAACAAAUGUUAAAACAAUGAAAGGAAGUAAAGACUAG